CCUUCUUCCUUUCAUAAAGGAGGAAGCGGAUGAAAAUUUCGAUUUCGGGCGCCUCCGCGGGCUCCCGAUGACCCCCCCAACCCCCCCAGGAGCGACGCUGCCUGCACCCCCGCAGGCAGGACCGAUGCCGUUUCCUUCGCCCUCCCGCCUCCCUCGCGUCACCUCCGUCACCGCUUGCGUCGCGAUUUUCUUCUUCUUCGGCUUUCGCGUCCGCCAGCUGGACUGCGCCCAGUUCAGAGUCCUGGGAUCCGACCACCCCAUCACCGCCGUCGUGGGAGAAGACGUCGUCCUGCCUUGUCACCUCUCCCCUAGGCUGAACGCCGAGAACAUGGAGGUGAGGUGGUUUCGGUCCAAGUUCUCCGUCUACGUCCACCUCUACCACAGCGGGCAGGACCACUACUCCUCCCAGAUGCCCGAAUACCAGGAGAGGACAGAGUUUUUAAAAGAGGGCAUCUCUGUUGGGAACCUUUCCUUGAGGAUCCUCAGGACCAGGUUGAGCGACGAGGGGCAGUACCAGUGUCUCAUCAAAGAUGGGAAUUUUUACGAAGAAACCACGCUGGAGCUGAAGGUAGCAGUUUCAGGUUCCAGCCCCCUCCUCUCCUUGAAGGAUUACAAAGACGGGGGAAUCCGAGUGGGAUGUCGAGCAACCGGCUGGUACCCAAAGCCCGAGAUGCUGUGGAGAGAUUUGGACGGCCACCAGCUCCCGUCCUUCACCGAAUCCGACUCCCAAGACCAGAACGGCUUCUUCGAAGUGGAGAAGUCCAUCGUCAUCCAAAAAACCGCACGCCGGAACGUGUCCUGUUCCAUCAGAAACACGCGGCUUGCCCAGGAGAAGGACUCAACCAUUUAUAUAUCAGACCCCAUUUUCCCAAAGAAUUCUCCCUGGAUGGCAGCUUCGUUCGCGACCCUGGCUGCCUGCUUGGCUUCGUUGGUCGUCUUCUCUCUUUUCGUCUUACGGCUACGAGCCCAACACACCGCAGAACUUGAGAAACGCAACGUCGAAAUCCGCGAACGCGAUAUGGAAAUACAGAAACAAGCCGGAGAACUCCGGUGGAGAAACACCAUCGUCCCCGUGGAAGAAGUGCACGUGACGCUGGACGCGGACACGGCGCACCCCCAGCUCAUCCUCUCGGCGGGUGGGAAGAGCGUACGGCGCGGAGACGCGCGGCAAGCCAUGCCAGAUAACCCCGAGAGAUACGACACCUACCACUGCGUCCUGGGCCAGGAGAGAUUCGUCUCGGGGAGAUACUUCUGGGAGGUGGACGUGGGGACGGUGGAAGGGGGCGUCUGGGCAAUGGGGGUGGCCAAGGAGUCCAUGAAGAGGAAGGGGUGGAUCAACCCAGCUCCUCAAGAUGGGAUCUUGGCUCUUUUCCACUGCGGGGGCAAGUAUUGGGCUUUGACCUUCCCCGACCACACGGCUCUCGUCCUCACCCAGAUGCCCCGGACGAUUAGGGUUUACCUGGACUUUGAGGGACAGAAGGUGGCUUUCUUCAACGUUGACAACCAAGACCUGCUCUUCACCUUCCCGCUGACCCAGUUGAGCGGGGAGACGAUCCGUCCCUGGUUCCGCGUGGGGCCGAACGCCGAACUCAACCUGAAGUCACCUCCUUCUCCGCCGCGCGUCCCCAGCGUGGAGGAGCCUCUCCUCCCUUCGUGUUUCUUCCUGCAGAACCUCUCUACAGGAGGACGGGCCCCGCACAUGCCGGAGAGCGGCACGUGACCAAGACGGGACAAUCCACGGUGCCGUCCGCGAGCAGCCGUGAUCGUCACCCAAGACUCUUCCGCUCACGUCGUGCCACCACGGUGUCCCAAGACUCGUGCCACGAUGGUGUCUCCACCCGAGCAGAGCUAUCGCUGCUCCUGUUGGAGCUUGCGGCAGGACGUAGCGGUGGCUAAGACUCAUUUGUCUUCUCCUAAGGUGAUGUCUCCGAGCGAGCUGCUUUCUCCUAGAAGGUAAAGAGACCAAACCAACAAGGGUGUUGGAACCCACCUGAGAUACGUGAAGGAAAACCCCACCAAGACAAGAGUCUGGGAUGAAGGAGCUGCACAUCUCCACCCUCUUCUUUCCCACUUUAUCUCCAGUCCCCAAAGUCCCAUCAAACGUGGCCAGUUUAGGGGGGUGGUGACGGUCUCUGUUGUGCCGUUCCUCUGGCAGGGGGAUUCGUGGUGCUCGGUUCCUGACGUCCACCUCCUCACCGGGUGCUGCAAUAUAUUUACAAAAUACGCUCUUGCCAUUAAAAAAACUUUCUCCUUGA